AAACUUGGUAAUCGACUGUAAAUACUGUAAGGGGGGAUGUGCAUUUCCCACAAGUACAGGGAGUGAACAUCUGCAUUUGCCCUGUAUUCCGUCUUCAUACAUUCCACGAAUCCCUGCUAGCCUAUUUUAGGGUGCAGAUAUUUAAACAUCUGGGCUCGGUCGAGUCGAGUGAUCAACUCAAGUCUCUCUGAAGGGAAGAGAAUCAUUCAUACUUGGCAAUGGCUUUGAUUCAGAAGACGGAGGAAGAGUGGCGGGCUAUUCUGUCCCCCGAGCAGUUUCGUGUUCUCCGGGAGAAAGGAACCGAGCUGAAAUUCACAGGAGAAUAUGAUAAAUUCUUUGGUGAAGGAGUUUACAAUUGUGCUGGUUGUGGGACGCCACUUUACAAAUCAGUUACCAAAUUUGACUCUGGCUGUGGUUGGCCUGCUUUCUAUGAAGGUCUUCCUGGAGCCAUAAAUCGCUCUCCAGACGCAGAUGGGAGAAGAACUGAGAUCACAUGUGCAGCUUGUGGGGGGCACUUGGGUCAUGUUUUCAAAGGUGAAGGGUACAAGACUCCUACAGAUGAACGUCAUUGUGUCAACAGCAUCUCAAUCAAGUUUAUUCCACCAAAUUAAUUCUCUAUUUGAAGAUAAUGAAGGCAGUCAUGAUGAAAGGAAAAAGGAAAAAGAAGACUCCUGUUCUUACCAGUUAUUCAAGUAGCUACCACCUGCUAUGAGCAAUAGCUUCCAAAUGACAAGGAUGAAUAAUAAACUCUAAUAGUGUCUAUGGUAAAAUUUUAGAUGGAUUUCCUUGUCUUCUCUUCCAUGGAAUUUUCGUACUUGUAAUAUUGUCCAAUCUCGUUUUUCUCCUGUGGUAAUUUCAUAGUUCUCUUUUUAUUCCUCCAAA